AUGCGGGACUACGACGAGGUGACCACCUUCCUGGGCGAGUGGGGGCCCUUCCAGCGCCUCAUCUUCUUCCUGCUCAGCGCCAGCAUCAUCCCCAACGGCUUCAAUGGAAUGUCUGUCGUGUUCCUGGCCGCCGCUCCGGAGCACCGCUGCCGGGUGCCGGACACCGCGAACCUGAGCCGCGCGUGGCGCAACCACAGUAUCCCGCUGCGGCUGCUGGACGGCCGCGAGGUGCCUCACAGCUGCCGGCGCUACCGGCUGGCGGCGAUCGCCAACUUCUCGGCGCUCGGGCUGGAGCCGGGGCGCGAUGUGGACCUGGAGCAGCUGGAGCAGGAGAGCUGCGUGGAUGGCUGGGAGUUCAGCCAGGACAUCUACCUGACCACCAUCGUGACCGAGUGGAGUCUAGUGUGUGAGGAUGAUUGGAAGACACCCCUCACCUCCUCCUUGUUCUUUGUGGGCGUGCUCCUUGGCUCCUUUGUGUCCGGGCAGCUAUCUGACAGGUUUGGCAGGAAGAGCAUCCUCUUCGCAACCAUGGCUGUGCAGACUGGCUUCAGCUUCCUGCAGAUUUUCUCCAUCAACUGGGAGAUGUUUACUGUGUUAUUUGUCAUCGUCGGCAUGGGCCAGAUCUCCAACUAUGUGGUGGCCUUCAUUCUAGGAACUGAAAUUCUUGGCAAGUCAGUUCGUAUUAUAUUCUCUACGUUAGGAGUGUGCACAUUUUUUGCAGUUGGCUACAUGCUGCUGCCCCUGUUUGCUUACUUCAUCAGAGACUGGCGGAUGCUGCUGCUGGCGCUGACGGUGCCCGGGGUGCUGUGCCUCCCGCUGUGGUGGUUUAUUCCUGAAUCUCCCCGGUGGUUGAUAUCCCAGAGAAGAUUUUCAGAGGCUGAAAGUAUCAUCCAAAAAGCUGCAAAAAUGAACAACAUAGCUGCCCCAAGGGUGAUUUUUGAUCCUAUGGAGCUACAGGAACUAAAACUCCCUGGUCAGCAGAAAGUUCUCAUUCUGGACCUGUUCAGGACUCGGAAUAUUGCCACAAUAACCAUUAUGUCCUUGCUCCUGUGGAUGCUAACCUCAGUGGGUUACUUUGCUCUGUCUCUCAACGCUCCUAAUUUACAUGGAGAUGCCUACCUGAACUGUUUCCUUUCUGCCUUGAUUGAGGUUCCCGCUUACAUUACAGCCUGGCUGCUGCUUCGAAGGCUGCCUCGGCGUUACAUCAUCGCCGGCGUACUGUUCUUGGGAGGAGGUGUGCUUCUUUUAAUUCAGUUCGUACCCGCAGAUUACAACUUCUUGUCCAUUGGUCUGGUGAUGUUAGGGAAGUUCGGGAUCACCUCUGCUUUCUCCAUGCUGUAUGUCUUCACCGCAGAGCUUUACCCCACCCCGGUCAGGAACAUGGCUGUGGGGUUCACAUCCAUGGCCUCCAGAGUGGGCAGCAUCAUUGCUCCCUACUUUGUUUACCUCGGUGCUUACAAUAGAGUUCUGCCCUACAUUGUCAUGGGUAGCCUGACUGUCUUCAUUGGAAUCAUCACCCUUUUCUUCCCUGAAAGUUUUGGAAUGACUCUACCAGAGACCUUAGAGCAGAUGCAGAAAGUGAAAGGGUUUAUUAUAAAGAAUGCACAUGAACAGCCAAGUGAAGAGGUACAAAGGGUGAGGUCCAGAAGGGUCCAGAGUGCAAGAGCUUCUGUCCCCAUGCAUUUGGGGAGCACCACCGUCCUCACACAUGGAUGUGUUCACCAAUUCAGAAGCUCUCCAAACCUCAGUGUUCAGGGGGUUUUAUGGAGGUUCAGGUUUAGGAAAAAACCAAGAGAUUCAGUGGAGAAGGAAGAAAAUCCCAAAGUUCUAAUAACUUCGUUCUGAUAAGAUCUCCACCCCAUUUGGUGACCUGAAAACUAAAUGCAUCAGACUCUGUGAGGAAACCAAAGCCUUUCCUAAGGAACUGGACCAAGCCUAAAGAUGAACACUAAGAUGACUCUGCUGUUGAGAAAUACUUGUCAUAGAGCACACUCUGGGCCACUCUUCCAGAAAAUCUCCUUGUUUUAAAAAAACCAUUUCCAGAGAGUCUACCAUCCUAGUGAAUUCGAUGAAAUGGGUUCAUAAGAUUUUUUGAAAAUCUUAUGGUCAAGGACUGGUAAAUCCAUACAAAUAUUGACACUCAUUUCCACACAUACAAAUACUAUUCAAAUAAAAAGAAUGUCAUUGUAUUAACGCAACUAUCAGGUGACAACAGUAUGUGUGUGUGUAUGUGUAUCACUGAAACAGCACAUUCAAAAUUAUAGUCGUGUUUGAGGCAAACUCAUAUACUGCUGUAACUAAAUGAUUAGAUGUGGUAUUCCCAUCCAGAAAAUUUUGUACAGUACUUUGAAGGGAAUUGAUGGCAGAUAACAGUAGUGUUUUGCAAGUGAAAUGCCACAGGAGAUCGAGUAGCUUGGGUCGUAUGACCCACUGGCCUUUAGGAAGGAAACCCAGACAGAUCCCUGCUACAGUUUCAGAGGCUAUAACUCACCGGUCCGCAUUCACUGUGAUCUUUUUGAGCAUGUGUUUAAACCAUCUGUUUCUUUAGAGCGGCUGAAGAGGUAUUUUGCUAGUAAACAGAGAAUCAGGAGAGCCACAAACCAGUUAGGUUGGUAAAGACCAUUUGUUUGUGCUGCAGCCAAGAGCUACUGGCCCCCAGGAAGGGAGCUGUUUCAAGCCAACAAUUUGGAGAGACUUUUAAAACAGUUCUUUCCAUUAAUAGAUUCCUUCCUAAGUGUCGUCUACAGCUGCUAGUCUCCCAGCCGGGGCUGCAUCUGGUUUCAGUUCCACAAGUGAGCAGGGGAGAAGAAAGCUGGGGUCGUGUGUUAUAAGCUCAGGAGAGUCACAUCCAGUCUCUGUCUUAGCAUGUUUUAGGCACACUGAGAUGACAACAGAGCAGGACAUUACUCCUGGACACCUGGGCGGCAUGCUUUCAUUGAAAGUGGCCUCUGUGACCACAGCACAGUGGUAAGCUCCCCUUUCUUAUACCCAGCACUAUGCUGUGUGCAUAGAAACAGGUAGCCCCUGGUUUUAAUAUGAUGCUUGAUGGCAUCAGCUCCGGAAAAACAAUUAUCCUCAAAAGUAAAUUUUCACAAACUAUUUUUUAGAGGAAACUUGGAUGUAAUAUUUUUGAUAAAUAGUCCUUAUUAUUUCAGGUUCCUUAUCUUGAACUUUUCUGAUUAACCCCUAAUUUUUUUUCUCUCUAUUGCCAUAUUUCUAACACUUAUUUUAUAUCCUACUGACACACUGAUCCUACCUUUCGACUGUUACUUUAAAAUCCACCAGAAUAUCCUAGAAUAAUUUAUGUUUCUCAUUGGAGACAGAAGCAUAGCUUCUGUCAUCCACCCAGUGCUUUCAUCUCCCCCAUGGAUGCAGCCUGUCUGGAUCAGCUUUCCACCUACCUUGCUGAGCACUGGGCAGCCUGUCCCACAGAGAGCAGGCCAUGCUGCCUCCCAAGAAGCUCUUCUCAAACUUUCUUCCCACCCCACCGGCAGUAGCUGUUCCCUCCUCUGAGCUCUUCAGGUACUUGUUAACCCUCACUGAGCUGGACUCUUGUCUUAUUGCCCCCAUAGCCUCUUAGCCUCUGGGGGGCUAGGAACCCUACCUUGUUUCUCUUUUUAUCCUCUGUAGAUCUGUUUAGCACAGUGCUUUCUUGCAUUUAACAAGCAUUGAUAAAUAUUUUUUAGUUAAGAAACUUUGUAACUCCAGUUUGGUGGAAAUGUUUGUUUGAUACAUAGACAUUAAAAUUUUUAAAUGCCUAUUUACAAAGUGCUCUUAAAGCUUUUUCUAAAUAUAAGAAGUAAGGAUGUGAUAAUUACCUUUUACUGUUGUUUGUACAUUAAAAUAGUAAGAGAUGACUUUUUUAAAUGUUUUUAUAAAGGCAACAAGUACACAGAUGAUUAUCUCUUUGAUAGCUCAAAGACCAAGUAGAUCAACAGAUGUCAAAAGAUCAUUUGAUUAAAUUCAAGAUACGUUCCUGAUUUUUAAAAACUGCUUUUAAAGUUAGAUCUACAAGGCAACAUCCCACACUGGCUUAUGAAUAGCACUCUGACUGGCAGCCAAUCUCAUAUUGCAUGUUCUAGAAUCUAGUGUCUUGCCUGGAUUCUGUUAGCUUCUGAACCAGACCUUCCUCCUUAAUUCUGCUCCUGCCCGCCCUGAGUCUGUCCUCGGCACAGCAGCCUGAGUUAUCUAAACAAGACCAUGUCACUUUUCCACCCAAAACCUUCCAAGAGCUUCCCAUCUCAGGUACUCUUCUUCCCCCCCUUUAUGGUCUCACGGCACAUGCUUUUAUUUACAUGAGUUUCGUCCUACUUCCAUCAGGUUUUUGAGAAGUUAAAGUCUUUUUGAUAGUCUCUACAUAGGAGGUUCAUAUGUCCCAGUUUUCCCAAGACAGUCAUAGUAUCUAUCUAUGGGCCUAGGGUGAUUAUUAAUACCCCCCAAAACCUUUCGCUCUAAAAAUGUCCCAGUUUGGAUGACGAGUUAUAUAUGCUCACCAAUUAUAGGGUCCUGCUCUGUGUGUCCCUACCUUAUGUCUUUGCUCAAAUGUCACCUGCUUGAUAAAUACUUA